AUGUAGUGUACAUGGCCAGUAGGCGGCAGUAAAUCGACUCGCGCUGUUCCAUCUGCUCCACUAGAAGAAGAAGGAGAUUCAAAACAGCUGCUGUGACAGCGAUAAAGUUAUCAACAUGCAUGCUUCUGAGAUCAUCUAUUCACCAUCCCAUCCUCACCUUAGCCCUGUCAAUCAUAUUGUCUCCCAGCAACUCUGUUCAGAAUAUGGUUGAGGGGGUGGAGUCUGUCAUCGGGAGGCGUGACUUUUCAGUGAUCUGGAAUAUACCUACAGCUUGGUGUCAGCAUCGAUAUGGGGUCUCCCUGCCACUGCACCAGUUCAACAUCAUACAUAACUCAAAGCAGAGAUUUCAGGGUCAGAAUAUGAGCAUAUUUUAUCAGCGCCGUCUGGGCCUUUACCCCUACAUCAACCGUCAGGGCUCAAAGGUCAAUGGUGGCCUGCCUCAACUAGGAUCCCUGAAAGCUCACCUCUCAUUGGCCGAGGUGCAGAUCAGUGAGGUGUUGAGAAAGACAUUCAGAGGAUUAGCCGUGCUAGAUUGGGAAGCAUGGCAGCCUGUAUGGAUGUGGAACUUUGGGACCAGAAUUGUAUAUCGGAAAUUUUCAAAAAACCUGGUUAGGUGGAAACAUCCAGAUAUGUCAGAAGAGGAAGUGAAAUCUGAGGCGAAAGCGGAGUUUGAAUUAGAAGCAAGAGCAUUUAUGGAAGAGACUCUACACCUAGGUGUUCGCCUCUGCCCAGAGGGAUUAUGGGGGUUUUAUGGGUUUCCCAGUUGCUAUAACAAUCAUGGCCAAGGACAGAGUGGAUACACGGGGCAGUGCCACAAUGGAACAGAGAUUCUGAAUGAUAAACUGGCAUUUUUGUGGCAACACUCCACCGCCUUGUAUCCCAGCAUUUAUUUGUGGCGUAAGCUGGCAGGACACACACAUGCUCAACUCAUGGUGAGACACCGUGUACUUGAGGCCCUCCGAGUGGCAUCCCAGCAUUCACCUGGCACUGAAGCACUUCCUGUUUUUCCCUACACCAGAGUGGCAUUCACACACACAUUGGCAUUUCUUAAUCGGACUGAUUUGGAGCACACACUAGGUGAGAGUGCUGCUUUAGGUGCCACUGGAGUUGUGCUAUGGGGCGAGCUGAGUUUUGCCAAGUCUAAGCGGCAGUGUGCUCUCUUGCGUGAUUACAUCAGCUCAGUAUUAGGAGAAUAUGUCGCCUCCCUGCAGGCUGGUGUCAGGAACUGCAGUAAAAGAAUGUGUAACGCCCAGGGACGGUGCGCUCGACAGGACCCUCACUCAGGUUACAUGAUCCCUCUACAUGGUACCCAUGAAGCUCUUCCUCUCAGUGACAUGAGGUCAAAGUUUAAGUGUAUCUGCUUUGAAGGAUGGAGUGGAGAGCACUGUGAGCAAAGAAUUUCCUAAGAACGUAUGUGGUGUUCUGAUUUUCCAUAUUAUAAACCACACACUUAAAGGGUUAGU